AUGUCGUUGCGACGAUUAUCCACUCAUUUGGUUGGUGUCGAAGAAGGACUCGGCGGAGCCAAUACCAAGGAUGAAUCUGAGCUGCCCGACCAUUUACUGGACGAUCAUCUGCUCUCGAGCCAUGCAGGAGAUGCUCACGGUCUCGUUGGAGCCUUUCCAGAAGUGGGUAGAGUCGACGUGGACCACACAGCGAACGAUCCCGAAGAUCCGCUGUACGCACACGACCGAAAGGCGAAGGAGCAGCCGUCGACAUCUGACGUGACGGGAUGGGACUACGUCUACAAGCGGCUGCAAAUAUAUGAUCGGGAAAUGAUCAAAGGAUACUCUGAGGAUAUCGAUAGUCUUCUCAUCUUUGCCGGUUUAUUUUCUGCAGUCCUUACAGCGUUUCUUGUUGAAGUGUACACCCAGUUGCAGCCGGACAACACUCAAUUAUCGGUCCAGCUCCUCUCCAACAUAUCUUUCCAGCUCCAGCAGAUCUCCCUGAACCAAGCCGCCCCUGCAUCUAGCAAUCUGCUGGAUAUGUCCUUCCAGGCCGACGCGCAUGUGGUCGCCAUCAAUACGCUCUGGUUUCUCAGUCUUGUCCUCGCACUCGCCUCUGCUCUCCUUGGCAUAUUCGUGAAACAGUGGCUACGGGAGUACAUGUCAUGGAUCAAUAUUUCGCCGGUUCAGCACGCCAUACAACUCCGGGAUUUUCGCUAUGAAGCAUUCCAAAGGUGGAAGGUCCCCGCUAUCGUGACGCUCGUUCCUGGUCUCUUGCAGGUUGCGGUUGUGCUGUUCUUUGGAGGACUUGUCGCUUUACUCUGGCCAAUCGAUACAAUUGUAUCUGCGACUCCUUUCGGAUGGACGAUUUUGCCCAUCCUACGACCGUUCUAUCGCUUAAUCAAAGGACCUAUGAACUCCCUGUACUUCUAUGACUGGCCGGACUCGCUGAAAACCGUCGAAAACUUAUGUCGUCGUUACGGCUCGCUUCACGCGGACAUGUAUGCAUUUGAUAGAUGGGAUCACCGAGACCUCUCUCUGCGGCGCUUUGGGCGCGAUAUCGAGAGCCGUAUCGCAUAUCAAAUUCACUCGUUACUGUGGCUUGCCUCGCACGAGGAACCCGGCGACGGUGUGAUUGCCCAAUGCAUCUCCGAUACACCAGGUCCCCGCGUGCGCACCCGAUCCGCCCUCGAAUCCAAAGAUCCCUCCGCGGUGGUACAAUCCUCACUGUCAACGCAGCGCUUGCGUGGGUACUGGAAGGCCAUCGCCAAACUAUACGAUAUGCCAUGCGAUGGAACCACUAUCCCUCUGUUUGACACACCUUACCGCGGAUGGGUCUAUGACGAGGCGAAGGAAAGCUUCGAAACCCAUAAUUCUCUGCUCGGUAACUUCAAGCCCACGGCAUCCUUCAACGACACACAAGAUCUGCUGAUAUUCGACAUGAUCAAGUCUGGUCUGGAGAGGCUCAUGAACCCGUCAACAAGUGAUCCCGACCCUGAUUUAGUCAGCUAUUACAUCAAAUCUCUAAUAGGCAUGAGCUUGAUCACGAAAAAUAGUCAAGUUAUACGCGCUUUGUACCCGAAACUCCUGCUAGAUAACAUCGCAAAUUUGUCCCGAUCCUCAUCUAUCGCCGCUGCGGAUAAGAAGAAGAUUUGCGCCGCAAUUCAGCGCUGUGCAGUGAAAAUGGAUUCCAACUUCCGACCCAACGCGAAGGAUAUGGCCGACACUCUUGACAUUUUCCUCUCGUUAUAUGACCGCGAGACGCUUCGGUCAAGCCCUCUGCAAUGCCGUUGCUUCUGGGCCGCGGUUACGUGCAUCACCAAUACCGGAGUAUUGGCGCGUGGCGAGCAUAAACGUUCGACGGAGGCCUUCCAACGCUGGCGCACAGUUAUGCAAGCGUUUGGAGAAUGCUUGAUGGACGCGCUAUCAUUAUGGACUGAGCCUGGAAACGAGGCGCAUGUUGCCAAAGAAGACUUGCGGGUGGACUGGCCGCUUCUUGUCCUGUUUCUGGGAUUCCAUCGAGACACCGUACUCGAGUUUUCCAUAAAGGUCACGACAUCUAUUUUGAAUGCGGCAGCACGCGGCACGCUCGGAGACCAAGCAGGCAUUAUCCUGCUCUCAUUCAUCACAGCGUCGUCGGCUUGGGGGGCAUCCUGGCACAAUGUGAAGGAUAUAUACAAGUAUUUUGGUUUUCGCUUUACACGCCGCAGAAGUGGGGUUGCCGGCCUUCGGUUGGUUCCUCCCAAAGGUAUCCUGUCGCAUACAAACUCGGGUGAAGAGACGGAUUCGAAGCCACGGCUCGAUGUAGCAGUCAUCAGCGAGAUUGUUUCGGACAACGACGGUCGUGAUGGCAUGCAAUCCGAUCCGCACACAAUGCACACGUCGCAGGAGGUGCCAACUUCCAGGACCCUGAAGGCGCGGGAAACCGGCUCGCAGCCUACCAGCGUGCAGAAACUGGGAAGCGAAGGUGGACAGGUGAACGACAGCGAUGACCACUCGCUUCCUCGUGGCGGACACAACUUGCUCAAAGAUGCGGAGAUAACCUCAAUACGUAGUGCUUCAUCGAGUCUAGCGGGGGGAGAUAGUGGUCAGCCGGAUCUCGGCAGACGGCGUACGAGCGAGCGAUCAGCGCCUGCCAUAGACGGACAGAAUGUGGAAGACACGUUGGAUAGAUCUUCAGCCUACGACCGGGUCCCGUCGUUGGGUCAAGAUCGACCGCCACCUCGCGCUGAAAGCCAAGACGGUGGCGGAGGGCGGGCGGGCGCAACAAACAGCGUUCUCAUCCGGACAGGCGUCGAGCACGAUCGCGCCGACAACGCUGGAGUAGGUGACGUGAAUGGCACCGAGUCGUCGCCUGGGGCGGAGGACAGGUAA